ACGGGUUGACCCGGCGCUCCCGUCCAAUCCAAUCCAAAUCUGCUUCCGCAAGCGACCCACCAAGCCGAUCUCUCUUCUCUCCUGCGCUUCAUCUUCCAGCCCCCAACCAGACCACCACCAACCUGCGACGACGAUCCGCACGCGGAUCCACCUCGAGAAACCCUAGCAGUCCCGGCCCGGCAUGGCCUACGUGGACCACGCCUUCUCCAUCACCGACGAGGACGACCUCGUCGGCGGGGCCAUAGGGGGCCCGCGCGGCGCCCCCGUCAAGGAGAUCGCCUUCGCCGCCGCCCUCCUCGCCUUCGGGGCCCUCGGCGUCGUCGCCGGCCUCUUCAUGGCCGCCAACCAAGUCGGCGGUGACACCGCGCACGGAAUCUUCUUCAUGGUUUUGGGCAUUGUAAUGUUCAUCCCUGGAUUCUACUACACAAGAAUUGCCUACUACGCAUACAAAGGAUACAAGGGCUUCUCUUUUUCAAACAUCCCACCAAUCUAAAGAACAGGUGUUUGCAAACUCGUUCGGGUCCUUCUGUCCAAUGGCUCUACUGAUAAAGCAAGCAGCCUUGUUGUUCUCGUUGAUCGUAUGUGUACAUUCCUUCUGCUUUGUAGAAUGAACUACUGGUAGAUUUGUGCAUAUAAAUGCUACCAUAAUCAUGUAUUAUGGUGUAGUGGGCAGAAAGGUUGUCAACUGUGUGAUUAUGUUGAGUUGCUGGAGUGUGCUGCCUCCCAUGUCUGAGAGGAAGAACAUUAUGUGGAAUAUGUUACUGUGUAGUAAGAUCUUUCGCUGCCUGCAUUCUCUGAACUGUUUUUAUGCGUUCUCUUUAGCAAUCUAUGUGCCUUUUCAUCUCA